CGACAAAUAAUUUGGGACGAUUAUAAUAUAUUUCCCUAGCUAACGGUUACUCCCAUUUGUGUAAUCUUCCGUUCCUUUAAUAAUUCAAUCACUGAAAAUCAUUUUUCAAGCAAAUGGGUGUCCCUCAUUUUCUUGUUAUUCCAUACCCAAUAGCAGGUCAUGUGAAUCCUCUUAUGCAAUUAUCUCAUCUUUUAUCCAAACAUGGCUGCAAAAUCACUUUUCUCAACACAGAAUUUAGCAACAAAAGAACCAACAAAAACAAUAUUUCUAUUUCUAAGAAAGACAACCUCAAAAAUGAACAAAGUCAAGAAACAAUAAACUUUGUUACACUCCCAGAUGGUUUGGAAGAUGAAGACAACAGAAGUGACCAAAGGAAAGUUAUUUUCUCAAUUAGAAGAAACAUGCCUCCUUUGCUCCCUAAUCUCAUAGAAGAUGUUAAUGCUAUGGAUGCUGAGAAUAAGAUUUCUUGUAUUAUUGUUACUUUCAAUAUGGGAUGGGCUUUGGAAGUUGGACAUAGCUUAGGAAUUAAAGGUGUUCUUCUUUGGACUGCAUCAGCAACUUCUUUGGCUUAUUGUUAUAGCAUCCCUAAACUAAUUGAUGAUGGAGUUAUGGAUUCAGCAGGAAUUCCUACAACAAAACAAGAAAUUCAACUCUUUCCAAAUAUGCCUAUGAUAGACACUGCAAACUUUCCAUGGAGAGCCCAUGACAAGAUUUUAUUUGAUUAUAUUUCACAAGAGAUGCAAGCCAUGAAGUUUGGAGAUUGGUGGCUUUGCAACACAACUUAUAAUCUCGAGCAUGCAACAUUUUCCAUAUCACCAAAGUUUCUACCAAUUGGUCCAUUCAUGUCAAUCGAAGACAACACAAGUUCAUUCUGGCAAGAAGACGCAACAUGUUUAGAUUGGCUCGAUCAAUAUCCACCUCAAUCCGUCGCAUAUGUUUCCUUUGGUAGUUUGGCCGUAAUGGACCAAAACCAAUUUAACGAACUAGCUUUAGGACUUGAUCUUCUUGAUAAACCUUUUAUUUGGGUUGUUCGUCCGAGCAAUGAUAAUAAGGUAAACUAUGCAUACCCUGAUGAAUUUCUUGGAACUAAAGGAAAGAUUGUUGGAUGGGCGCCGCAAAAGAAGAUAUUGAACCACCCUGCUAUUGCUUGUUUCAUUAGUCAUUGCGGAUGGAAUUCUACCGUAGAAGGUGUAUAUAGCGGUGUACCUUUCUUGUGUUGGCCGUUUCACGGUGAUCAAUUUAUGAACAAGUCAUAUGUUUGUGAUGUGUGGAAGGUUGGACUUGAACUAGACAAGGAUGAAGAUGGGUUACUACCAAAGAGAGAGAUAAGGAUUAAGGUGGAACAAUUGCUUGGAGAUCAAGACAUUAAAGAAAGAUCGUUGAAACUAAAGGAUUUGACAUUGAAAAACAUAGUAGAAAAUGGUCACUCUUCGAAAAAUCUCAUAAACUUCAUCAACUGGGCAAAGUAAUUAUGAUUCAAUAGUUGUAUGGUUGUUGUUACUGUUCUUGUAUAAUUUCUGAAUUAUAAUCUAAUUACGUUUCUAUUUU